AUGCGUCCUUCUGAAGCGGCAAGACAAGCCUGGAAGAUGUCAAUACGUUACCAACUUACUCGGCUAUCCACUGGGCCUCCCGAGAGUCAAUCAGCCACAGAGCAUCAGAUGAAUGAAACAUCAUCGCAAGCUGAGCAGGAGACCCUUUUGUUUGAUGAGUGCCUACCCUGUAACCCCACAUGCGAGGCAGUUGGUUGCACUGGACCAGGUCCAGAAGCCUGUAGAGUCUGCAGAUAUGCCAGGAUAGUCCCGGAUCCGAAUCAGCCAGAUCGCUUCUCCUGUGUUUCCGAGUGCCCGGUUGAGGCCCCGUUUCCCGUCAUUGUCGUGGAGACCUCUUCCGCCUCAUCAUCAUCAUCAUCAUCAUCAUCAUACGAGCCCAUUUCGAAACUUGACCCUACCGGAGCCCAUUCGGGCAUCUACCUACUCUGCGCACACUUACCGGCCGAUCUCUUAGCUGCCCAGUCGUCGGCGUGGAAUCGGACGACUCGAGAGCCAGUUCGGCUUUAUGAUCUGCCCAGCUGGGCAGGACCGGGUAAAGGUCGAACAGGACAUCAAGCGCCCAACGACAGCUGGGGCGCUGUUCUCAGGCCUGAGUCUUCACGGGUGGUUUCCAUGACGAUGUCGGCUUCGGCUACGCAAAAAUUGACCAUUUUGGAGAUUCAUGAAGACCGGCACGAGGCAGCCUUAAAAAAUCUCUAA